CGGCGGAAAAUAAGUUCAGUGCUCGGCGGUGAUUUGGACCAUACACUUGUGUGUACUCGCAACCAAAUCGAAUUGAAUUAUCCUGAAACCGGAACUCAAGGAUCUUGAAAGCUGCUUGUGCGUGUGUUAAACUAAUGCAAAAGUAAUCAAAGCCAAACGCAUUAAAGCGACGCGGCUGGAAGUCAAUAAAAAUAAACUACAUAAAAGCAACUUGCGGUGCCGGAAAUAAUGUCAACCACUGCCGAUCCCGUGGCGGUGGGGGUAAACUCCCCCGUGGAGGCUGUUGUGGCCAAAACCACCACAACGGUGGCCAAUGCGAUUGCGAAGACAGUGGCCGUAAUUAGCAGUACGGUCUCUACUAGCUCCACAACUGGCGCCACUCUCGCAUCCACAACUACUUCUACGCCCACUCCCAUUCAAUCAUUACCCCCAUCCCUGGAGGAUGGCGAGGAGAAACUCAGCGUGAAGGAUUUGAGCCAGACCCUGCAGCAUUUCGGCAUUGUUGAUUACUUGGUCUUCAUAGCUAUGUUGGCGGUCUGUGCCGUUAUCGGCUUCUAUUUCGGGUUUAUCGAAAAGAAGGAAAAGAAAAAGAAGCUGGGCGAGAAGGAUGGCGGUGGGGCAGCAGGCGUUGAGGAAAGGCGCGGCUCGGAGGCGUUGGACUACCUGGUGGGCGGACGCCAAAUGAAAGUGUUUCCGGUCGCGCUGUCACUUGUGGCCAGCUUCGUGUCUGGAAUCUCGCUCCUGGGAACUUCGACGGAGAUCUAUGUGUAUGGAACGCAAUAUGCCUUCAUUCUAAUCACUCUUGCCAUCUCUGGAACCAUUUCGUGGUACAUCUUCCUGCCUGUAUUCUGCAAUCUCCAGCUGACAUCAACUUAUGAGUACUUUGAAAGGCGUUUUAGCCGGAGAAUGCGCUUGUUUGGAGCUAGCCUCUUUGUUCUGAAGGCAAUUAUUUGGCUUCCCAUUGCUGUCUAUGUCCCAGCAUUAACCUUCAAUCAAGUGUCUGGAAUUGGCAUCCACACCAUCACACCUAUUGUGGUCAUCAUUUGCACUUUCUACACCUGCGUGGGCGGAAUUAAGGGUGUGGUCUACACUGAUGUCGUUCAGAGUGUUAUAAUGUAUGGAUCCUUGAUCGUGAUCAUGAUCAAGGGCACCUUGGAUUUGGGUGGCUUUACGGAGUUAUGGAGGAUUAACGAAGAAGGCGGUCGCAUAAAUGCCCCUGAAUGGUCUAUUGAUCCCACAGUUCGCUUGAGUGUUUUCUCUGUCUUUGUGGGUGGAACCUUCUUCAAGCUGCAAAGUACUUCGAUCAAUCAGGCUACAGUACAGCGAUUCAUGUCCUUGCCAUCGUUGAAGGCCAUCAAACAAACCCUCUUCACUUUCUCCAUUGGACUGACCCUGCUAUAUAUGGGAUGUGUCUAUGUGGGCUUGGUUUGCUAUGCCACCUACUAUGACUGCGAUCCUAUGUCCACAGGGCUUGCUGGACGCCGUGAUCAGUUGGUUCCUCUGCUGGUAAUGCGUGUUCUGGGAGUUGUUCCCGGAUUGCCAGGACUCUUUGUAUCGGCUGUGUUCAGUGCUGCUUUGAGUUCUUUAUCAACACUCCUCAACUCUUUAGCCGCUGUUAUCCUGGAGGACUUUGUUAAGCCACGAAUGGGGGGAUCUAUGAAGGAGAGUCAUGUGGCCCUCACUAUGCGUGUGGUGGUGGUGACCUUUGGAAUUAGCUCCAUUUUUAUGGUCUAUGUAGUUGAGAAACUGGGAAUGGUGCUGCAGCUAUCGGCAACCCUCCAGUCGAGCUUAUAUGGACCAAUGUUGGGCAUUUUCACGGUGGGAAUGCUAAUGCCUUGGGUUGGCGAAAAGAGCAUGUUUGUGGGCAGCAUUGCUUCCUUCCUAACCACGGCGUGGAUAGCGGUUAACGCUCAAAUUGCCAAUAUUACUGGAAGCUUCAGACACACCAAAUUGCCCGUAUCCGUGGAAAACUGUGACUAUGAAUUCGAUAUGACCCGCUACCUGAACUCUACAUCAGAAUACGAGCCUCACAGUGGAUCUUCUAUAUAUCACAUCUCGUUCCUAUUAUACGCUAUGUUGGGAGCCCUCCUCACCAUUAUAGGCUCGAACUUGGCCACUCUUGUGUUCGGACGUCAGGAUGUGAAAGAUGUAGACGAGAACCUACUGGCUCCAUUUGUUCAGCGCUACAUGCGAAAGAACAAGUACUAUGAAACUGUGGAGCUCAAGAAAGUAGAUGUUUCUAAGCUAGACGAGAGCUCUGAUUGAGAAACUUAAGAUCGGACUUUGUACUUGGUAUUACCAUUUAUAACGAAGCUUUCCCAUGCUUAAACAUUUUGUUCCUAUUGAUCUGUAUGAAUCUACUCAUACUUCAACACAUAUUUUUUUAAUUUCUUUACUUUGCUCAUAUUAUAUAUUUAAUCAUCGGUUUAUUUGGUUCCUUUUACAUUAAUUAAACUUUAAAUUAGCCAAGAGGCUUGGUUUAUUUGUAUUAAUAAAUAAAAACCUAAA